CCAGCUUCUUGUCCACCAGGACCCCCAAGUUCUUCUCUGCAGGGCGGACUGCUCUCAAGGGGCUCUUCCCCCAGUCUGUAUAAACACCUGGGAUUGCACUGGCCCAAGUGCAACACCUUUGCACUUGGCCUUGCUGAACCUCAUUAGGUUUACGUGGGCCCACUUCUCCAGCCUGUCCACGUCCCUCUGGAAGGCUUAGCUACCUGAAAAAAAACCUUACACACAAAGGUAUCAUUUGGUACAGGAGGAUGACUGUUACAUAUCCAAGGAUCAAACACAAUCCAACUGAAGCACUGGAGCACUGGCACAAGGUGCACAGAGAGGCUGGGAGCCUCCUUCUCUAGAGGUGUUCAAAGGCACUUUGGAUUCUUUCCUGUGUAACCUGCUGUAGGGAACUUGCUUUAGCAGGGGGUUGGGCUAGAUGGUCACAAGAGGUCCCUUCCAACCCCUGUGACCCUGUGAAGCUGCACUCACUUUUCCACAAGCUGGUAAUUCAUCUACAAACACACCAGGCACUAAGACACAGCACAACUCCCGGAGUAAGAGAGCACAUACUAAGUGCUGCAGAGCAAGGCUGAAGCUCACACAGGUCAGAAAGGGACAGUGCGUGCAGCACAGCUUGUCAUUUCACUGACCUUUUUUUUUUUCUUUAACAAUCAGCAGAACUUGGGCUCCACCAAUAAUUGUCUCAUUGUUUGUUUGCAGGCUUGAAGCUGUAGCUUUCAGUCGAUUUUUAUGACAAAACUAAAAUGAUAAAACCCAGAUGUGCUUUACAUUUCCCUUGUCCUGCUCUCUUGCAGCCCAUGGGAUCGGAGCGGACGGAGAUGCGCAAGCGGCAGAUGGCAGCAACCCAGGAGACCCCAGGCACGAUGCAGACUCAGCACAGCGUAGGGAACCGCGGGCCCAACGCCUGCUGCUUCUGCUGGUGCUGCUGCUGCAGCUGCUCCUGUCUUACUGUUAGAAACCAGGAAGAAGAGAGAGCAAGGAGAACAUCCCAUGAACUCCAAGCAGAGGGUAUUCCGAACUGUGAGGAAAGCCCCGCUCCUACUCUUGAAGAAGUGAAUGCUUGGGCUCAGUCAUUUGACAAGUUGAUGCUUACGCCAGCUGGUCGAAAUGCUUUUCGUGAAUUUCUACGAACAGAAUUCAGUGAAGAAAACAUGCUUUUCUGGAUGGCCUGCGAGGAACUGAAACAGGAAUCCAACAAAAGUGUCAUCGAAGAAAAAGCAAGACUGAUUUAUGAAGAUUAUAUUUCUAUCCUUUCUCCAAAGGAGGUCAGCUUGGACUCCAGAGUAAGGGAAGUGAUUAACCGAAACAUGCUGGAACCCUCACAACAUACCUUCGAUGACGCACAGCUUCAAAUCUACACCUUAAUGCACAGAGACUCCUACCCGCGGUUCAUGAACUCUGCUAUUUAUAAGGACUUGCUUCGGUCCUUAUCUGAAAAAUCCAUUGAAGCAUAAGAUUUUUUCUUAUAUGUAUUUAUUUUAAAACAAAUGGGACUCUGGGCUACCCCGAUCAACAGGGGAUUUAGUAUUCAUUUACCUGAAAACAACUCAGGCAAGUUUUACUACAGACUGAAUGCUUGGAACCCGCACAAGGCUCUGAUACGAUCAGCUAACGACAGUUUCUGAUCAAAUGAAGUAUUACUUUGCAAAAGAGAAUGAAGAACAUUUAUGUUAAAAAACAAAAAAAAAAAGCAGUAUUUUUACAUUGCAGCAUCCAACUUGGACACAAGUCUCUUAUAAUGUAUAUCUGAAGUACUGAGCAUGAAAACUCAUUUUAAGUGGACUGUCACAGUUUUCUUGAAAGUCAAACCAGUUGCUCCAUCCACAC